AUGGAUGAGAUUGGUUGUGAGCCAGAUAUUACGACUUAUAAUAUUCUGAUUAACUCUUCGUGUAGCGAUGGAGGGAUUAAAGAAGCUGAAGAGUUCAUAGAGAGGGCGAAAGAAAGGAGAUUGCUGCCUAAUAAGUAUAGUUAUACACCCAUCAUGCAUGCUUACUAUAAACAAGGGGAUUAUGUUAUGGCAUCGGAUAUUCUUUUUAAGAUUGCUGAAAGUGAAACAGGAGGUAAAUCGGACUUGGUUUCUUAUGGAGCUUUUAUCCAUGGAAUUGUCACUAUUGGGGAAAUUGAUGUUGCAUUGAUGGUUCAAGAGAAAAUGAUUCAGAAGGGUGUAUUUCCUGAUGCUCAGAUUUACAAUGUUUUGAUGAGUGGUCUCUGCAAGAAAGGAAGGUUUCCUGCUGCCAAACAACUACUUUCAGAAAUGCUUGAUCAAAACUUGCAACCUGAUGCACAUGUUUAUGCCACCUUGGUAGACGGGUUUAUUCGAAACGAUGAACUUGAUAAGGCAACAACGCUUUUUGAAGUUGUAAUGAGUAAGGGUAUAGACCCUGGCAUUGUAGGGUAUAAUGUCAUGAUAAAGGGUUUAUGUAAAUUUGGAAAGAUGUCUGAUGCUGUAUCAUACUUAAAUAAGAUGAAAGUUGCGCAUCAUACUCCUGAUGAAUACACUUAUUCCACAGUUAUAGAUGGAUAUGUAAAACAACAUGACUUAGAUAGUGCACUCAAGAUGUUUGGACAGAUGAUGAAACAGAAAUGCAAGCCAAAUGUAGUUGCCUACACCUGCCUGAUCAAUGGAUUCUGCAAGAAAGCAGACAUGAGCAGGGCUGAAAAAGUUUUCAUAGGGAUGGAAUCUUUUAAUUUAGAGCCUAAUGUUGUCACAUACACCAUACUUAUUGGUGGUUUUUGUAAGGCCGGUAAACCUGAAAAUGCUGCAUCGUUUUUUGAGUUAAUGCUGAUUAGAAAUUGUGUUCCAAAUGAUACUACAUUCCACUAUCUCAUAAAUGGCUUAACAAAUAUUACAGACAAUACAUUUCUUAUCAGAAAAAAUGAGGAAAAUGGCAAGUCCUUGAUUUUGGAUUUCUUUGCAACAAUGAUAUCAGAUGGAUGGAGUGAAGUGAUUGCUGCUUAUAAUUCUAUUAUUGUCUGUCUUUGUAAGCACGGAAUGGUUGACACUGCCCAGUUGUUGCAAAAUAAGAUGCUGAGGAAGGGAUUUCUUAUGGACUCUGUAUGUUUCAGUGCCAUGCUACAUGGCUUGUGUCAAACAGGAAAGUCAAAAGAGUGGAAGGACGUUAUAUCCGGCGAUAUUAAUAAGAUUGAAUUCCAAACUUCUUUCGAGUACUCUCUGAAACUAGACAAAUACCUUUAUCAAGGAAGGCUCUCAGAAGCAUCGCUUAUUUUACAGACCUUGAUUGAAGACUCCAAGUUUUCUGAUCAACAAGACAAAGAUCAAUGGGUUACAAGCUUGCAGUAA